AUGCCAAAAUUGAGAAAGCAGUCUCAGAUUCAGUUGAAAAAUUUAAAGAAGUUAAAAAGGGAGGAUGAAGAUUACAGACGGUGUGAACGGGUAGCCAACAGUAAUGCGAGGAAAAAAGCGAGAGAAGAUAUAGUAGACCAGUCUACGAAUAGCGAAAGGCGGAGGAAGGCACGGGAGGAUGAAGAGAGCCGUAAAGCAGAACAGUCUGCUGAUAGCGAAAGGCGGAGGAAGGCGCGCGAGGAUGAAGAGAGCCGUAAAGCAGAACAGUCUGCUGAUAGCGAAAGGCGGAGGAAGGCACGGGAGGAUGAAGAGAACCGUAAAGCAGAACAGUCUGCGGAUAGCGAAAGGAGAAGGAAAGCGCGUGAGGAUAAAGAGAACCGUAAAGCAGAACAGUCUGCUGAUAGCGAAAGGCGGAGGAAGGCGCGCGAGGAUGAAGAGAGCCGUAAAGCAGAACAGUCUGCGGAUAGCGAACGGCGGAGGAAGGCACGGGAGGAUGAAGAGAACCGUAAAGCAGAACAGUCUGCUGAUAGCGAAAGGCGGAGGAAGGCACGGGAGGAUGAAGAGAACCGUAAAGCAGAACAGUCUGCGGAUAGCGAAAGGAGAAGGAAAGCGCGUGAGGAUAAAGAGAACCGUAAAGCAGAACAGUCUGCUGAUAGCGAAAGGCGGAGGAAGGCGCGCGAAGAUGAAGAGAACCGUAAAGCAGAACAGUCUGCGGAUAGCGAAAGGCGGAGGAAGGCGCGCGAGGAUGAAGAGAGCCGCAAAGCAGAACAGUCUGCUGAUAGCGAAAGGCGGAGGAAGGCACGGGAGGAUGAAGAGAACCGUAAAGCAGAACAGUCUGCUGAUAGCGAAAGGCGGAGGAAGGCGCGUGAAGAAGAGGAGAGGCGCAGAAAGGAGCAAGAAUCAGAUACAGAGCGCAGAAGGAUUGCACGAGGAAAUUCUAUAUACAAUGAAUUUGUGAAGGUAAUCAAGGAAGGCCCAGAUCAUGCGUGUGCUAGUUGCGAUGGACUAUUCUUCUUAUCAUCGAUGAGGCCAUUCCUACGAUCGGUGUUGGUGCAAAAGCACAGCUUUGAAUUCUGUGUAGCUGUGCUACGUCCAGGAAAUGAAAAGGGGUUACUCUGCUCAACAUGCUUCCGACAUAUUAAUCAGGGGAGUGUUCCUAAGCUCAACUUUUCAAAUGGAUUCAGUUUCCCUACUAUUCCAGAAGUUCUGCGACCACGAUCUACGAAACAUCCAGAAGGACUUACUCAAUUAGAAGAAAGAUUAGUCGCCGCUAGAAUUCCGUUUAUGACUAUCACUAAGCUUGGUGUGGAUCGGCAAUGUGGACUGAAAGGCAACGUGAUCAAUGUCAUUAACCCUAUCAAUGAAACUGCUAGAAUUCUUCCAAGACGUUUUGAAGACGCUUCCGUAAUUCAGCUGAUGUUAAUGAGGAAGAUGGAGUACAACAAUCCGUACUUGUUCGAAAGUAUUCGUCCCAAAGUCGUAUAUGAUGUAGCAAAGUAUGUUGCCACUACUGAACUCUAUUUAGAGGAAAAUAUCGUGUUAUCUGAUGACUGGUUGCGGGAUGUUGAACAGCAUAAGGUUCCCGAAAAUCAUCAUAAUGAAAGCGAAACAGACCAGAUGGGAGACGUAUUAAAUCCGGGUGGACAACAGACGCUUGUGAUGGAUUUUGACUCUAUCGAAAAUAAUGAGGCCAUCAAGUUUGCACCUGGUGAAAAUCAGAAACCUAUUUCACUUUUAUCGGAUUUGAAUGCUGAGGCCUUAUCUUUUCCAUCAAUAUAUUGCGGAGAAAAACGCCGAAUAAAGAAUGUUGGGAUCAGUAGGACGGAUAUCGCAAAAUCAGACGCGAGGAAUAGAGAUAGACGUUGUGCAAUCCCUAGCAAACUUCUGUACUCCUUUAAACUAGUUCAAACUCAUCAAAUAGCAAGUCAAGUCCAGUUAUGUUUGAGGAAGAAAAAAGGUAGGGGGAAACCAACUGCAGCAAACUUGAUCAACGAAGACUUUGUGGAAAAUAUGGUUCAGCACGACGACGCCUACAAAGUUUUGAGGAAUGUUCGGUCGUCCCCAGCAUACUGGCAGGAUAAGCAAAAGGUCCUGAUGUCUAUGAUUCGACAGCUAGGAAUCCCAACUAUGUUUAUAACACUUUCAGCAGCUGAAGUGAAGUGGGUGGAACUCAUCGUAAUUUUGAAGAAAGUUCUCGAUCAAGAAAUUAUUACAGAAGACACUGCAGAAACAAUGAAAUGGGAAGAAAAGGCAGACCUAAUUCGAAGAGAUCCAAUCACUUGCAGCCGGUAUUUCGACUACAGAUUAAGGCAAUGUAGUAAGUAUAUUCUCCUGCACUCUAAUGGCAUCUUCAAAGAGCAUCCGGUUGUUGAUUCGUUCACUAGGAUAGAAUUUCAGCAUAGGGGUAGUCCGCACAUGCAUGGGUUAUUUUGGUUAAAAAAUUCUCCAAAGUAUAAUGAAGAUAGUCCAGAAAGUGUGACGGAGUGCGAGGCGUUCAUCGAUAAGUACAUUUCUUGUAAGGUAGAUGUAGACGGGGUUAUUCACCAACAACACAAGCAUACAAGAUGCUGCGAAGUAACUUUUAAGGGGGUGAAGAAAUGCAGAUUCGGUAUGCCUUAUCCACCAAUGGCAAGAACACGAAUCCUCCUUCCGUUUCCAGCUGAAUAUCCAGAAAGUCUGAGGUCUGUUGCUACGAAGAAUCUUGGAGCUGUGAAAGAUCAAAUCCAGUACCUUGUUGGUGACAAGAUUAACUUAGAAUUUGAAGAAUUUAUGGAAUUGCUGGGGCUGGAUGAAGCACAGUACAUUAUGGCUGUACGGAGCAGUAUAUCUCGUCCAACCGUUUUUCUUAAACGAAAAAUUACAGAAGCCUUUACGAAUGCUUACAAUCCAGAUUUAGCAAGAUUGUGGAAGGCGAAUAUGGACAUACAAUUUAUAUUGGAUCCCUACGCUUGCUGCAAGUACUGCGCUGCUUAUGUAAGCAAGAGUAACCGCGGGAUGUCAGAGCUUCUGAAUCAAGUUAUACAAGAACUGAAGGGUGGAAAUGUUUCGUGCCAGGACAGACUAAUACGGUUUUCCCGAGUGUUCUUAAACGGUAGUGAAGUGUCGGCGCAAGAAGCAGCUUAUUCAGUCUUGUCAAUGCCUCUUUCUAGAUGUAGUAGAGACUCAAUUUACAUAAACACAUUGCUCCCAGAAGAACGAGUGUAUAUUACCAAGUCUGCUGACGAAUUGAAAAAGUUGCCUGAAGAUUCUACAGAUGUUAACGUAGAUGGACUACUUGAACAUUAUUGCCAACGGCCACGUGAAUUAAAUGAAUGUACACUGGCUGAGUUUGCCGCUUUAUGGACGUAUUCGAAGAAGAAACCUGGAAAAGAACUUGUUCAAGUAAGUGGUUCAGACGAUGAAGAUCAUAGUGCUGAAGUCGAUGAAGAAGACGCAAAAUUUUAUCAACUUGUUAACAAAUCUGGAUAUAUUCGAAGACGGAAAAAGUCAAGAAUUAUUAGAUUCCGAAAUUUUGGAUUAGUUCAAGAUCCAGAAAAUUAUUACCGGGAAAACGUCAUGCUGUAUCUUCCUUGGAGAGACGAAGAGAGUAAUAUAUUGACUCAAGAUUGUCGACGCUUAUACGAUGAGAACCAGGUAGACAUUGAACGUGUAAAAUCAGAAUUCGAUAAGCGUCUGGAUAUUAGUAAUAUGGAAAAUGAGAUCAAGCAACUUAAUAUUGAGGAAGAUUUACCCAAGCUUCAUAUCGAUGACGAAUUUCGGAUCCUCAACAAUCAAGACCUUGAAGCUGAUUUUGGUUUGGAAUUAGGCAAUGUAACAGUGGAGAAGGCUCAAAAAAUCAAAAUGCCGAAAAUGCUUGCUGACGAUGACUAUGAAAAAUUGAUAACUAGUCUAAAUGAAAAACAGGAAAAGUUUCACAAUCAUGUUAUACAGAAUGUGAGAAGGGGUAACCCACCAUUUUAUGAGUUCGUGUCAGGUGGAGCUGGGGUGGGGAAAUCAAUGCUUAUCAAUGCCAUUACACAAACAAUAAUGCGAGACGCUGUAAAGGUAGUUGGUGAGGACCCUUCUCGGCUAAAAGUAUUGUUGUGUGCUAGUACCGGAAUGGCUGCUUUUAACAUAAGUGGAGUGACCUUGCAUCAAGCUUUCGGAUUGCCUUUUAACCAGUUUGAUGGGACAAUGCCUCGGUUGACAGAAUCAACAAGAAACAAGUAUGCCAGUGAAUUCCGGGAUUUAGAUUUGAUUAUAAUAGACGAGAUUUCGAUGACCAGCCGGGAGCAUUUAUUUCAAAUUGAUGAAAGGCUGCGACAAAUUUUUAAGUCCCCUAGUGAUUUUGGAGGAAAAUCUAUUCUAGCCGUCGGAGAUUUCCAUCAAUUAGAACCUGUGAUGGCUUCUUGGAUAUUUGCUGAACCAAAUAAAGGAAUGGGGCUACUGGGAUCAAACUAUUUAUGGGAGAAGUUCAGAUUCUUUGAAUUGACAGAGUGUAUGAGACAGAAAGAUGACAAGAAAUUUGCAGAAGCUCUUAAUCGACUCGCAGUUGGGAUGUGUAAUGACGAAGAUAUCGCGAUGUUUCGAUCACGAGAAGUUGAGCUGAAUGGACUGGCACCUCCAGAUGGUUCAAUUAGACUGAUGUAUGGAAAUCAAGACGUAGAAACGUACAAUAACAAGGCCCUUUCUCUACUAGAUAGCGAAGGAAUCAUUUCUUACGCCAAUGAUCGCGUACAAGGUAGGGGGAAAGUUGAGCAUCACACAGCAAUUCGGGAAGCCGCUAAGAAACUACCAACCAAGAAAGCUCAGAAUUUGCCAGCGGAUAUCAACUUCAAGAUAGGCUGUAAAUACAUGAUGACGGUAAAUUCAGACACAUCGGAUGGAUUGGUCAAUGGGGUGAUCGGGACUCUUAAAAAGAUCGUAUACGGCCGAACAACAACUGGAGAAAAGGUCCCAUUGAAAGUUUGGAUGGAUUUCCCCAAAGAAAUUGGAAACAAAUUGAAGAAGGUACAAAAAAAGAAAAGUCAAGUAUCAUCAGAUUGGGUCCCGGUUGGAAAGGAGAGUCGUAUGAUUCAUCGCUGGCCGGGACGAAACCUAGAAGUUGUGCGAACCCAGUUUGCUUUUGUUCCUGCAGAAGCCAUUAGUAUUCAUAAGAGUCAGGGGUCUACUUUCAAAUUUGUGGUUGUGAGCGUCCAUUACAGUACGAAGACAGGAGGAAUGAGAAAAAUUUCUAGAAGAGCACUUUACGUAGGAUUUAGUAGAUGUCCAACUCUGUCAGGACUAUUUAUAGCUGGGAAGUUUGAAGCGCCAAAUGCGCCAGGUCCAGAUGAUCCGGUGAUUGUGGAAAUGAGCAAGCUGCGCAAGCGUCCUGUGAUUUUCGAUGGCGAACAGGAUAAUUUCGACGAUAAGGAUGGUAAUCUGAUGGCAGGAAAAUCGGUUGAGCAAAAAAUAGUUUCAAAGAAAGAGAUUCAAAUUGAUUCUGACAAUGAUAAUGAAUCGCAAGAUUUGUCGAAUCUUGUACUAGUUCAAGUAGGAAAUUUAAGAUUCUAUAGAUCAGACUUGUUAUCGAUUAGUAAUCGAACUGGCUGGCUUACAGAUGGGGCUAUCGACUGUUUUCUUGAAGUACUCAAAAUGAGCAUAGCAAUUCGACGAUGGGAGUCGUUCCAUAAUUUUGGAGCAUUUCUAGUCCAGCACGUUCGAAGCAAUGAUGGAUGGAAACGACGAAACUGGGAGAUAGAAAUUUCCUCGACUCUUCUGAUCUUCCCGAGAUGUCGUAAUGGUCAUUGGACAGUGAUGGUUGGUGACAAGAGAACUCGAAUAGUGACGUUUUACGACUCGAUGAAUAACUUUGAGAAUUCUGAGGAUAUGAUGGUUGUAAAUGUUAUAAAUUUCCUAUAA